AUUUGUCAAAUUUGAAAGUUUUAAUAUUCAAAUCUGAAGGAUAUACAUUUUAAAAUGAAAAUUAUCUGAUAAAAUCUUAGGCACAAAAUGGAUAAUUACGAACAUUUCACUAAUGAGGACGAGAAAGACCUAAAUACCGGUUACUUCCUGAGAUCAAAACGAAGAAAACUCGAGAAUGAUAAGGAAGAUUCAAACAGUAUCAAAAGUUCCCUUCCAGAGAGAAAACGAAAGAAGAAAUCCCUAAUUCUGGGCUUGCCAACCGAAGUCCUAUGCCAAAUAUUGAAAUUCGUAUCGUUCCAAGACCUUGGAUACAAUGUAAGACUCGUAAGUCGUAGAUUCAAAGAAGUAGCUGAAGAUUUGAUGAGUGUCACCUUCAAACUGCUGGAAAAAAAAAUUAAAAAUUUACUGAAGUUCACUUUGGAAGCAGUUCAAGUGGCUGAAGGAGAUUCAGAGAUCAAAUGCUACUGUCGCCUGAUAAAUAUGUUGGAAAUAUUAAAUUUUCAGCAAGCUGUUGUCAUGUCAACCAUCUGGAGGUACGUCUACAACAACAGAUACGACACCUACAAAAGCAGCAUGUAUGCCGGUAUUUUGCUAGACACCUACGAUCAAUUCCUGAAGAAAUUCGUGCACACCCCUGACCAGCUCUACACCCCUGUCCUGGGAAGAGAUUACGCCAUGCCGUCAGAGGUCACUGCAAUCAUCCAGAUGACCAAGUCCUUUUGCCUCCAUUUCGAGAAGACAAACGAAGAAAUUGCUAACAAUAGCCUCAUGGUGAGCGGAUCCAAGAUGCUGGACCUUUUGGAUACAGCCUCCUUCGCCCAAAAGGACGUCAUCCACGAAAAGGUAGAUGGUGAAGUCUUCAAAGCAAGGUACAACUAUUUCUUCAAUAACUCCUGGUUCGUGGUAUUGAACGUACAGUCAGAGAAGCAGAUGACGUGGAAGCAGCGUCAAAGGAUGAUGCACAUGAGAAUUAGGAGGAUCUUGCUGGCGCACACGGAAAUGUUCAUGCAACAAUAUCAGUACGAGAGGGAGGCUAUGCUGAGAAAUUCAGGAGAUGGAUCGGUGAAGCUGAAACGUCCCAGUAAUAAUGUCUACACUGGAUAUGGAGACAUUCAGGACAAGUUCUUCUACUACGGAGUCAUGAACGAUGGGGCGUACUCACAAAAAUUCCACCCCAACGACCUGACCAACGACGAAGACAUAGAAGAUCUACCGGAGGAUGAUCCGGUGGACUUGAGGGACGAGCACAGCGGCUCGGAAGACUCCAGCAGCCUGGUGGAGCCUUAUUUGGGCACUCACGUCGACGUGAAGGUCUCUUGUCCUCUGUCUCACGCCCCCAUGGCGUUCCUGGAUGGUAAAUACCCUCCGGAGACUGGGGAGAAGGUGCCGAAGAUGUGCCGUCAGGAGAAUGAGAAAUUUUCGUUGAAACUCAAGUUUUUCUGUCCUGGUGCCAAGUAUCCGCGCUUGCCAACUACUUAUAUAUAUAAAUUCAAACAUACUUGACUGAUGACCUUUCGAUUUUAUUUAUUUUAUUUAUUGUUUUAUUCGUACCUGUUUUAAACUUUAACAUUCAAAUACAUUUUAGGUAUUUA